CCCGCCUUCGCCUUUGCCUUCCGAACUCGGGACGGCUGGUGGAGAUGUCUCGCCCCGUGGUCUUGGCCUUGGUGGCCCUGCUCUUCCUGAUGGGCUUGGAAGCGGUGGAACUUGUUCCAAAGGUUCAAGUCUAUUCCCGUCACCCAGCAGAGAAUGGGAAGCCAAAUUACCUGAACUGCUAUGUGUCGGGUUUUCAUCCACCUCAGAUCGAAAUAGAACUGCUGAAGAAUGGAAAGAAGAUAGAGAAAGUGGAACAGUCCGAUCUGGCUUUCAGCAGGGACUGGUCUUUCUACCUUCUGGUCCAUACCGAGUUCACUCCCAAUGACAGGGAUGAAUACGCAUGCAAAGUUACUCACUCCACUCUGAAAACGCCCAUGGUAGUGAAGUGGGAGCGAGACAACUAACCAGCAUCCUGGAGGUUUGAAAAGAUGACUGGUCUCAUUGGAAAUGUUUCCUACUGAUAUACAUGUCUACUUUAUGCACCAAAUAGGUUAUAACCAUUUAAAGACAGGUAUCAUCCACCUACUCUUUAUUUUCACUUCAGGCAUCAUUGGCAUGUUUAUCUUCCUGUAGACCAGACUUUCAGAAAUAAAACUGAGGACUAACAUUGGUCUCAAGUAUCUUGUAAAAAAAAUAAUAAAAUACCUUGAAAACCUAAAACAAAA